CAGCCUCGCUCUUCGCCUCCCUGAUUCGACCCACCCAAGGCCGAGGAGGCGACGAUGGACGCCCUCACCCGCCUCCACCGCUCCCUCGCCGGCGGCGACGACGAGGAGCAGCCGGAGGACUCCAUCCUUGGCGACACCGAGGGCAUAUGCUCUCUCUCCCCUGUCCAGCGGGUCUACGGCUUCGCCGCGUGCUUGGUUGCUGGUCUGGCGCUGAUGAUCCUGUCACUUCUAGUCUUCAUCAGGCCCAUCAAAUUUGCAGUCAUGUUUACAUUUGGAAACAUACUGGCAGUUGGGAGCACAGCCUUCCUAAUGGGGCCAAGUCAACAGUUGAGGAUGAUGCUUGAUCCAGUUCGUGUUUAUGCAACAGCUAUUUAUGGUGGAUUUGUUGUUUUGGCUCUAAUUUUUGCUCUUUGGAUCCAUUCCAAGGUUCUAACAUUGAUUGCAAUCAUUUGUGAGAUCUGUGCCCUGUUCUGGUAUAGUUUGAGCUACAUCCCUUUUGCUCGGCGAAUGGUGUCCGACCUGAUGGUGAAGCUGUGUGACACUGAACUUUAACCUGAUGGUGAAGUUCAUGGGCAUGCUCUUCAGGAAUCAAGAUGCCUUAAGGUGCUUGCCCGUGUUACUGCAAUACUGCUUCUCCGGUUCUCCCCUAACCCUUUAUUGCUCGUUCACUUCCGUCCUUUCAAUCUAGAUUUUGUUGAUGAACGCAGACAAAGCUGUAUCUUUUGUAUAAAUGUAUUACAUCAUGCACUUUGCAACAUUGUAACCGAAUAUGUGUCUGAAACUGGUCACAGCCCACGACAGAGCCAGACAUUAUGUAUACAUUUUUUUUUUUGGUCCGCAUCACUCUGUACUAUUUUAAAUAUCUCGGUGGCAGUGAAUCUUUACAGUUUCUUUUGUAAAUUAGCCUAUGUAAUUAGAGCCAGACAUUAUGUAUACAUUUUUUUUUUGUCCGCAUCACUCUGUACUAUUUUAAAUAUCUCGU